AUGUUCGAUGAUAAGUUUAUAGAAAAUUUUAAUUAGGAAUCAAAAGUGCUUGAGCCUCAGCAAAUUAUUGAUAUGAUACCAUUCGGUAGAUAUCAUAUAUUUCUGGCUCUCCUAUUUUUAGCAAAUUUUAUUACAAACUCUUUCAUUUGCUACAACUAUUCAUACCUACUUAUUCUACCUCAAUAUAAAUGCCUAAAUUAGACAACUAACCUAUAUGAGAAUUGUGAAAAUGAAUAUAUUUGCCAGAAAUUGAAUUAGCAAUAAAGAGGAAAUCUUUGGUACGUUGAUUAUUAGAAUGUGCUGAGUAUAGAUAAUUGGAUAGACAGGCUUCAAAUGCAUUGUAGUGAAGGAUACUUAAUUGGACUAUUUGGUUCAAUGGAAUUCAUUGGAACCUCUUUGGCUGCCUUGAUAUUCCCACCUCUAGCUGAUACUUAUGGAAGAAAAUACUUUUCUUAUGUUUCUAUGUGGCUUACUAUUCUAGUUAUGCUAAUACUUUUGAUUUUCAGAAACAACCAUAUUUAUUAUGUCGCCUUAUUUCUAAAUGGUGUUUGUAUAGGACUGAAAUAGUUUAUAUUUUAUACCCACAUUAUGGAAUUUAUGGGGCUUAAGACAAGAUUUGUGAGCGGUUUAUUUUUCUUUGUUGAUGGAGCAGUCUUCACAGUAUCUCCUCUCAUACUUUAUUUCAUUACUAGAAACACAUAGAUUUUUGUAUAUAUUUGCCUAAUUUUAAGUAUAGUCACUAUUUUCAUCUCGCACACAUUCUUGAAGUUACCUGAGUCUCUCAAAUUUAACCUUAUUAAGAACAACUUUUCAUAAUUAAAUGAGGACAUCAGAAAUAUCAUGAAUUCAAAUAAUACUCCAGAGGAUAUCUAGAGGAAUGUUAUGAUUGAGCUUUAAUCAUACGAAGAUUAACAGAUAAUUAUUCAAAAAAAUGAAAAUGCAUUAUAGAAAAAGGUAAAUGAGGAUAUCAUCGAUUAAAAAAUAAUGCUUUCUUAGAAAUAAAAUUCAAAUAAGAGCUUAUUAAGUAUACUUUUUAAUACUUAAAAUGCAGUGUACAACUUAAUACUUAUCAGUGUAGGGUGGAGUACUUCUACAUUCAUAUACUAUUUACUAGAUUUUUUUGUUAAGUAUUUACCUGGGAACAUAUAUGUCAAUCAGCUCGUAGCAUCAUUAUCAAUAUUUGGUUAUCUAGUUGCAGAUCCAGUUGCAUCCAUCUCAAAUACUAAGAUUAGCUUAAUAAUUUAUUUCCAACAUAGCUUUUAACCUCAAGUUAUGGUAUUUGUAAUUUCGUUAGUAGAUUACUCACAUUAUUGGCUCCAUAAUUAGCAGAAUUGCAUAAUAGAUUAAUACCCAUGUAUGUAAUGA